AUGGACGUCGAGCCAGAUGAGCUUGAGGAAGUCGCUUCCGGCGCGAUCGAGGACGAAGGAUCUGUGGACGUGCUCAUUGGAGAUGGCUCCGAAGUGGGCAAUGGGGUCGAAGGAGUGACUUCUGGCGCAGUCGCGGAGGUCGACGACGACGAAGAUGUUGGCGAGGAGGUGCUUGUAGUGCUCGCCGACGAUGAGUUGGACAGAGUAGCUGAAGUUUCUGCAUCGCUUGUCGCACUGGAGGAUCCAGGGGUGAAAGAAGCAGAAGAUGAGGCUAGACUCGAGCUUGAAGUUGUGAUUGUGGUUCCGGCGGUUGAGCUGAUGGUGGAUGUCGAUAAGCUUGAGGAAGAUGACUCCGAACUGGAAACCAAACUCGCUGUAUCAACCGAUGGGGGGCUCGAAGAUAGUGACGGCCCGGUUGAGGUUGAUGACGAGGAAAGUGAUGAACUAGACGUAGCCUCGACUGAGCUUUCGGAACUGGAUUCGGAUGAAGAGCUUCGAUCCGAACUUGACGAGGAAAGAAAAGACGUCACACCAGUAGUCGGCGAUUCUGUGGACGUCGAGACAAGACUAGAGGGGUCAAUCGUUGGAGAUGAAGAUGGAGACGUAGACGUGGUAACGGAUGAGGAUAUAGAUGUUAAGGAUGCGGCUCCAUCGGAGCUUGAUUGGGGAGUUGAAGAAGUUGUUAUGACAGUUGAAGUACUGGUCGGUGAGGAUGCGGAAGAUCCGGUGGAAAUAGCGGUAGAGCUCGAUGACAAUAGGGGAUCACUCUUUGAAGAGUCUGAAGUCGUCAAACUUGAGAGUAGGGUUGUGGGGUCGACCGUGAACGAAGAAGACUCAAAGCUACUUGUGGAUGUGCUAGUAGAGGAAAGUGUUGGUGUGAUUGUAAUUUCUUCAGAGCUUGCUUGCGAGCUCACUGAAGUUGAUUCAGUGACCGGAAUGCUAAUUGUAACUGAAGAAGAAGGUUCCGUGGAGCUGAUAGUAGGCGUAGCCGUAGAGCUUGAAGACGACAUCAAGACGCUCUCAGAGGUGCUUGAUGCACUUUCAGUCAAAGUGCUCUGCGAGGUGGACAGUAGGCUAUCCGGGCUGAUUGUAGGGCUGGGCGAAGCCGCAGUAGUGCUGGAAACCUCUGAAGAGGAGGAGACAACAUCUGAUGUUGAACUGACGGAAGCCGCAGUAAUGGUACUGGAACUGGUAGGAGAGCCAGAAGAAGUAUCCAAAGCGUCCGAAGUUGUAGAUGGAUUUACUUUCGCAGACGACUGUGGAGUUGACGAGGACGUUCCAAGUAUAACAGUGGAACUCGAGCCUUGCUCCGUAGAUGGGCUUGAUGAUGUAGACAGCAGACCGCUCGGAUCAACUCUCACAGUCGAAGACGAAGAGUCAGCCAAAGAGCCCUCGGACGUAGUGGCUGUGGUCUCCACCGUUAGACUGCUUGAAGUUGACUGCGGCAAGGUUGAUGUUGGCGUUGGCGUCGAUGAACCUGCUCCGUCGGAGGUCGAAGAACUGAUAUCCUCACUCGUUGGAAGGCCAGUUGAGGAAGGUAGCGUACUAAGAUUGACGGUAACGAUUGAACUUGAGGUAAUGAAAUCAGAGCCCACGCUACUCAGGGUACUUGAAGAGUCCGUAGCUGACGAGGACGCGAUGAUGGCGAUGGACGAUAAUGGAUCAGACGUAGCAGUCGAGCUCGGUCCAGACGGAACUCCUGAUGAGCUGCUCAACUCGAAAGAUGAGGAAUUUGUCUCUGUACCUUCGCCUGAGUGCUGGAAGAAGACGACGACUCCUCAACAGAGCUUGAGGUAA